AUGCACUCCAUACAACCAACUUUCACGAGUAUUAACAGUAUAAGUGAAGAAUUUACUGAGGAUCAGGUUAUGCAUAUUCUACAUUCUUAUGACUGCUGGCGCAAAAAAAGUAAUUCUCCAUUCUUUGUCCUUAAAAUGGAUCCAUCAAUAAAUGUUAGCUCUUUGUCAGAUUUUGAACUGGCUUCUUCUGUGUAUGUUGGUAUAUGUGAUUCUUCUGUCAAUCCAAUGUUCCCUUGCUGGUUCCUGCGCAAUCUGUUGUACUCACUCUCCGCUACUAUUAUCCAGACGGAAAAUUCUAUUAAAAUAUUGUGUCUGAGAGACCGUUUCGCUUCAGGACAAAGACAUUGGGAACAUAGUAUCGUAAUUCAUGCUAACUUACAAUCGACUAGUUCAAACUUCAACCAAUAUGUUGGUUGGGAGAAAUGGAAAUGUCAACUGAAGCCACGUGUUGUUGACCUCAGUACAAGUAUGGACCCGGUUAAACUAGCCGAUUCAGCAGUGGACUUAAAUUUGAAACUAAUGAAGUGGAGACUUAUGCCAGAUUUAAAACUUUCACGUUUCCGUGAAACGAAGUGUUUGCUCAUUGGUGCAGGUACUCUGGGUUGCAAUGUUGCUCGCCAGCUCUUGGCUUGGGGAGUUCGCCACAUUACACUGGUUGACAACGGCACAGUUUCAUUUUCCAACCCUGUACGACAAUCUUUGUAUGUUUUCGCUAACUCUGUGGAUGCUAGUAGAAACAAAGCUAUAACUGCUGCCCAAGCACUUAAGGCAAUUUUUCCGGGUGUAGAAGCCCGUGGAUACGAUAUCUGCAUACCCAUGCCAGGACAUCCUGUAUCUUCGUACCUUUCAUCUGAUGAUUCUGAGCUGACUCCGUCAGAAAAGUCCGCAAGUAUUUGUCGCAAAUUAGACGACUUGGUCGGUGCACAUGAUGUUCUAUUCUUGUUAACAGAUACCAGGGAAUCUCGCUGGUUACCUACAGUUUUAGCGAAUGUUCACGGGAAACUUGUUAUUAACGCUGCUUUGGGUUUUGAUACGUAUUUGGUCAUGCGUCAUGGGGUCCGCAGUCCACCUAUGUCACCAUGUUCAGGAGAUAUGAAGGAUCUAAAUUCACAUAUCGCUUCUUCAAACACGAAUGAUGCAGAUAUCCGAAACAAGUGUUCUGUGUCAGAAACAAAAGCCAUACCUGGCUCGCUUUUGGGUUGUUAUUUCUGUAAUGAUGUAGUUGGACCUAUGAAUUCAACGCGUAAUCGUAGCUUGGAUCAACAGUGUACUGUUACCCGACCGGGAGUAUCUAUGGUUGCUGCUGCUCUUGCUGUAGAACUAAUGGUCAGCGUACUUCAACAUCCUCUUAUGUAUAAUGCUCCAGCGGACACAUUAUCUCAAUCCUAUGACACAGAUACGGACAGAACAUCUCUUGGUCUUAUACCUCAUCAAAUAAGAGGUUUUCUUUCCCAUUAUACUCAGGUUUUACCUGCUACGUUAGCAUUUAGUAAGUGCUCAGCUUGCUCCCAGCCUGUACUGGAUGCCUACAUGACAAAUAAAUAUGAUUUCCUACAAAAUGUUUUCAAUGAUGCGUCUUAUCUGGAACGUGUAUGUGGUCUACGUGAGCUUCAUGAUGAGACUAACACAGAAUCAAUUUUAAUGUUGAGUGAUGCCGAUGACUAA